AAAGCCAUGGGUCAUUUUGUGGUGCUUCACAAGCUCCUCCUAAUCCUUGUAUGGCUAGCUACAACAUCAGCUUUAGAUUCAUCAAUCGCUCUUGCUGGUUGCCAAGAUAAAUGUGGCAACAUCUCAGUUCCCUACCCAUUUGGUUUUGGAAAUCAAAAUUGUUAUAGAAAAGGGUUCAAUCUAACCUGCAACAACUCACAGCUGUUCACAGAAAAUGAUAUGGGAGUUUAUAUGGAAGUCUUUAAUAUAUCACUAGAAGGCCAACUGAGAGUAUCAAGCCCUGUAACUAAAGAUUGCUACAACGUGUCGGGUUAUCGAUUUUAUCAAACACCUGGUCUGCAAUCUGUGUCUAACACACCCUUCACCUUCUCUGACACAGAAAACAGAUUCACUGCUCUGGGUUGUGACACCCAGGGAACCCUCCGGGGCACCUCUACUUUCUUCACGAGUGGGUGUAGCAUGUUUUCCAUGACGGAAUCUGAUGUGAUCAGCGGUCAGUGCACAGGCAUCGGCUGUUGUCAGACCUCCAUUCCAAAGGGCUUAUUACAGUUCGUUAUAUUAGUCAACAGCUCCGAUUUCCACAGCAACGUUUUCAAUUUCAAUCCCUGCGGCUAUGCCUUCCUCGUCGACAAGAAUUGGUACAAUUUCUCAAAAUCGGAUCUCAUGAAUUUCACCAAUCAAGUACCAAUCGUGCUCGAUUGGGCAAUAAGCUGGUCAACAAAGAACGAGACCUGUGAUGAAGCUAAGAAAGAUCCCAACGCUUAUGCAUGCGGCAAUAACACCGUCUGUGGUGCCUCCAAGAACGAGGUUGGUUAUAGUUGUAACUGCUCGAGUGGUUACCAGGGGAACCCUUAUCUUCAAGACGGAUGCCAAGACAUAAAUGAAUGUGCAGAUCCAAAUACUAAUCUCUGCAGCUACCACUCCUUGUGCAUCAAUCUACCUGGGAAUUACAGUUGCUCAUGCCCACAUGAUUAUGAAGGAGACGGAUGGAAAAAUGGAACUGGCUGCCUUUCAAAGCAAUUCCCGGUGAUACAGGUCACCGUAGGUACUGGAUCAGGCUUCGUGUUUCUACUUAUUGGCAGUUUAUUGGUGCUCUGGGCACAUCACCAGAGAAGGAUUAGCAAACUCAGAGAGAGUUACUUCAAGCAAAAUGGGGGUCUACUAUUGAAGCAACAACUAUCCUCAUAUCAAGGAUCCACUGAAAGUGCCAAAAUCUUUACUGCAGAAGAACUAAAGAAGGCAACUAACAAUUAUGCUGAGAGCCAGAUCCUUGGUCGAGGAGGCUAUGGUACUGUGUACAAAGGAAUUCUACUUGAUCAAAGAACAGUUGCCAUUAAGAAAUCAAAAGUAGUAGAUGAAAGUCAGAUCGAUCAAUUUAUAAAUGAGGUGGUUAUUCUCUCUCAAACUAACCAUAGAAAUGUUGUAAAGCUAUUGGGUUGUUGCUUGGAGACAGAGGUACCAUUAUUAGUAUAUGAAUUUGUUACCAACCAAACCUUAUUCCAUCAUAUACAUGGUGAAGGAUCCAAGUCUUCGAUUUCAUGGGAAAAUCGAUUGAGGAUGGCUACUGAAACAGCAGAGGCGCUUGCAUAUUUGCACUCGGCAGCUUUACCACCUAUUAUCCAUAGAGAUAUUAAGUCUGCUAACAUUCUCUUGGAUGAUAAUUUUACUGCAAAAGUCUCAGACUUUGGAGCUUCAAGGCUAAUUCCGGUGGACAAAACUCAGUUAAGUACAUUAGUGCAAGGAACUUUGGGUUAUUUGGAUCCUGAGUACUUUCAUUCAAGUCAAUUGACAGACAAGAGUGAUGUAUAUAGCUUUGGUGUGGUUCUUGUGGAGCUAUUGACUGGAAAGAUAGCACUUUCUUUUGAUAGACCUGAAAAUGAGAGGAAUCUAGCAAUGCAUUUUGUUACUUCAAUGGAGGAAAACAGUGUUUGGGAGAUUUUGGAACAUCGAGUGGUGCAAGAGGGUAUGAAAGAGCAAAUCCAGGAAGUCAUGGAGCUUGCAAGGAGAUGCUUAAGAUUGAAGGGGGAAGAAAGGCCAAAGAUGAAGGAAGUGGCAAUGGAGCUUGAGAGCUUAAGGAGGUAUAAGAAACAUCCUUGGGCUUCCCAAAAUUCUGAAGAGGUGGAAUGCCUGCUGCUUGGUGAACCACUAGACUUGGGUAGUCACAACAGUAUUGGUUAUGAUAGUUCCAGGGGUCAAGCGAUUAUACAAUUGGUUUCUCAUGACCAUUUGCGAUAAUCACACAAUUUACAGCUCCAU